AUGGCUAAAGACCUUGUUCACCUCCAACAUUUCCUGGGCCAACGUCUUGAGGAGCGAUGCGGACGCGAAAUUGAUUUUAUUGUUAAUCGUUUUUGGGCAGCGCGGAGGAGCGCGAUUCCGAUGAGCCACACCGAGCAGCGCCUUUUGCUACGUGCCGCCCACACGAUGGCCGACAAAUACGCCGGCACCGCCAAUUUUCAGAGCUUUUUGGAGCUGGUGUCUAAUGAGGCCUACGAAAUGCUCCAACACCCACCACAGGUGAAACCCGAAGAGACAGCCCUUUUCCUCAGCCAAAGUUGGUGUCGACCGAUCGAAGGCGGGCCUGCCAAGGAGCUUCGAACCCUUGGUGAUGAGAAUUUGGACCUAACCACCAGAAAACACGCCCUGGACAACCUAAUCUCCCUGGCCAACUCGCACUUUUUGGAUGGCCAAUUCCUCGAUGAAGCCCUACCCGUAUUUUUCGAUAUUUUGGAGGUAUUACCAGACGUUCUGACAAUGUUCUCAAAGCUGCUGGAAAGCGAGGAGCCAAUUUGCUCUCCCACGCGUACCUCAAAUCUCGUCUCAAUCCUCGUCCAUUUCUACGUCUUUACCGUAUCCAAUCGAUUCCGACAACAACUACGGCUUCUCCUCGUGAAUUCGCUAUCUCCAUCGUAUCACUCGAAAAUCGCCCGUCAACUGGCCAGUCACGGGGUCUGUGCCCUCGGGCUACUCGUACAGUGUACUAACGCGGAACUAAAGGAGAUUCAUGCAAUAACCGCUGGAAACACGCGACAACCUCUCGUCAAGCUCGACAAGUUUAUGGAAAAACGGGCCGGCCGUCGAUCC